AAAGAUAAUAACUGGUACAUAUAAUAACAACUAAACAGGGUCCAAUCAAAGUAUUUUGUUGUGUUAACUUGUGUGGAUGAGAACUCGUGAAUUAUGAAGAUACUAACAUUCUACCUAGCAAUGCUAGGUUCCACCUUAGCAGUGCCAAAUGGAUAUUACCAUCAGGAAUACAACUACAAAACAUCAUCUUCAUCUUUCAAGAAUAACGAGUUACAACACAAAACAGACGAUCAAGGUUACUACCGGAAAGAUGGAGAUCUAGAAGGCCGCGUGAAACCUGUAGUCGACGCCAAUAGCGAGCAUUCAGAGUAUGUGAAUCCAAAUGCGCAAGGUACAUAUGGAUAUAAUGGAGGAGCUAACACCGAUUUUUCUUCUACCGGGAAUAUGAGGGCUCAAAGCGGAUAUACUGGUUAUGGAUCAAAUGCCCUGGAUGCUGAAGGCUACGCGCAGUCUGAUCGUUUGAUCGGCAGCAGGGGUUACUCUUCUGGGUACUCGUCAGGUUAUGGCUCCAACAGCAUUGGAUCAAACUCUCAGUCUUAUGGUACCUCAUCCAACCUACGGCUGAUCACUUCCCGCCUCCAACAAGAAUUAGAAAGUGAGUUACAUGAAGCUGUACGUCAAAACAACAUCUACCCUCAGUCAAGAGUAGACAUUUCUCAACUGGAAAGAGAACUCAGGCGCAACUUAACGGAGAGACUUAACAACGAGUUAAAUGCUCGAUAUGGUCAGCAAAUGGUGAGGGGUGGCAUGUCAUACACAAUAACUGGUGGGCGUUUACAGUCAACUGCGAACUAUGAUAACGAAGAACUGAGUAACCUCAGAAGACAGUUAGAAAAUAGCUUAGUGAACCAGUUGAGGACUCAAUAUAGUUCAUCCAGCUCAUCCAACAGUCAGUAUUACAACCGACAAGGUAGCUAUGGCUAUACAACAGUCCGUCCAGUCUAUUCCUCAGUUUACCCUUCAUUACCGACUUAUACUACUACCCUGAGAUAUCCGGUCGACUACAACCAUGCCAACUAUCAAACGAUUCGUUACACUCCCAUAACGAACCCACAAAGCAUCACCAACAUCGCUUCAAAUAUCCAAAGUCGGCUUGAUUCGCGUUUGAAUGAAGUAUUGGACGAAACACGUAGGAAAUAUUUCUCCACAAAUUCGCAGUAUUCUCUAACAAAUACUGACGUACUGCUUGAAAGAAUUCGUAACGAACUCAGGAGUAACCUUACUUAUCUUCUUGAUGAAGAUAUUAGAAGGAAUUAUGGAACUCAGAUACAAAGAGAUGGUUAUUUAUAUUCAGUAGGUCCUACUGGUCAGACAUCAACGGAUUAUAAUUAUUCUUUGAGGGAUUUAGAAAAUUUGAAGCAGCAAGUGGAGAGAAAUCUGAUAGACAAAUUGAACCGGGAUUUUGAAACUUACAGAUCAAGUUGGUCGUCUCACCAAUCAUAUAAUAGUCAAUCAAGCUUUGGAAGUAACUACCAAUACAGCAGCACACCUCGUUACGAAUACAUCAGCUCACCACGAUAUGCUUAUACCACUCCAAGAUACGAAAUAUUUACAACACCUCGACAAUCUUAUAUAAAUCAGUAUCCCACUUCCGCCUCCCAACAUGGUGGUUACAUCCAGACAGGAGGAGGUGCAAGUAAUCAAUACGAACAUGUCUCCGGAUCACAACAAUCAGGUUACGGAAUGCAAAGCAGCGGUAGUAUAGCCCAACUACAGAGACAGUUACAGGAUGACCUUUCCAGUCAACUACGUGGAGCCCUCAGGACAGGUCACUACAGUUCUUAUUCAUCUGGCGGUAUAAGUAGCCCUCAGAAUUACCAAACCACUCUUCAACAAUUGUCUGAUGAGCUGAAUAGGAAUCUUACAAGGCAUCUUCAAGAAUAUAGUGCAAUGGGUUCUUAUGCUGCUUACGGAAACUUCGACAGUGCACAAAUGCAAAGACUUAAAGCACAAUUACAAGAUUCCUUGAUGAAUCAACUCCAGCAAGGUUUACAGCAAUCCUACCAAAGCUCAAGUUCAUACAGUUCGAGUAGCAGCAGCAGCAGCAGCAGUAGUGGUAAUUCUAACUACCGACCAGUAAGAGGAUUCCAGAACUAUCAGUCAGGCCAAUACAGAUCCGGCAUAGAAACCUUGCCUGGAGAAGAUUGUUUGGGCGAUGACCCAAAUGCUCACAGUUAUUCGAGAUCGAAGCGGAGUUACGGUUUAACGAAUGGAAAUAGAAAUUACCAUCGACGGCCUGAUGAAUUUAUUCAGCAAACAGAAGACAGUGGAAAAACUUCGACCUAUGAACAAAGUCAAAAUGAAUUGGGUCAACUAGAAGACCACGAAAAUUUUCAAUUUUCUCUUCAAGGACGAGAUCAAGCUGAAGUUGGUCAACAAAUUGACCAUGACUAUGAUUCAGAUUUAACCCAACAAGUUUUAAGUCAAGGUCAACUGGUAGAUCAUCCAGACCUAACUCAACAAGUUGAAGAAGAUUCUGCGUAUGGGAAAUUGCAACUUUCAAAUCAUGGUCAACAAGUUUAUGAUUCAGAAAUAACCCAACAACAAGUUGACAAUGGAGACUUAACACAACAAGUUGAAGAUUCCGGUUAUGGAAAAUUGCAAAUUUCGAAUCAUGGUCAACAAAUUGAUGAAGAAAUAACCCAACAAGUCGACAAUGGAGACUUAACACAACAAGUUGAAGACUUAACACAACAAGUUGAAGAAUCCGUUAAUGGAAAAUUGCAAAUUUCAAAUCAUGGUCAGCAAGUUGAUGAUACAGACUUAACCCAACAACAAGUUGACAAUGGAGACUUAACACAACAAGUUGAAGAUUCCGGUUAUGGAAAAUUGCAAAUUUCAAAUCAUGGUCAGCAAGUUGAUGAUACAGACUUAACACAACAACAAGUUGACAAUGGAGACUUAAUUCAACAAGUUGAAGAUUCCAAUUAUGAAAAACUGCAAAUUUCAAAUCAUGGUCAGCAAGUUGAUGAUACAGACUUAACCCAACAACAAGUUGACAAUGAAGACUUAACACAACAAGUUGAAGACUUCAGUUAUGGAAAAUUGCAAAUUUCAAAUCAUGGUCAACAAGUUGAUGACACAGACUUAACCCAACAACAAGUUGACAAUGGAGACUUAACUCAACAAGUUGAAAAUUCCGAUUAUGGAAAAUUGCAAAUUUCAAAUCAUGGUCAACAAAUUGAUGAACAAAUAACCCAACAACAAGUUGAUAAUGGAGACUUAACACAACAAGUUGAAGAUUCCAAUUAUGGAAAAUUGCAAGUUUCAAAUCAUGGUCAACAAAUUGAUGAAGAAAUAACCCAACAACAAGUUGACAAUGGAGACUUAACACAACAAGUUGAAGAUUCCAGUUAUGGAAAAUUGCAAGUUUCAAAUCAUGGUCAACAAAUUGAUGAAGAAAUAACCCAACAACAAGUUCACAAUGGAGACUUAACUCAACAAGUUGAAAAUUCCGAUUAUGGAAAAUUGCAACUUUCAAAUCAUGGUCAACAGAUAACAGAACAGGUGGUCGUAUCUCCAGAAUAUGGAUCGGACCACAUCCAAACUGAAUCUAAAAUAUGGGAUUCGCAGUGGUGUUCAAAAUAUAUUGAUACUUCAAUUAUGGAUGCUCCUUGGACACUCAGUAGACAAUUAGAAGAUGAAAUUGUUAGGCAAUAUCAUCAACUCAACGAUGGUAAUACGAAACUACGAAAAGAAAUACUUUUUAAAAAAAUUGUUGAGAAAUUACCAGAAAAUAUCAUGUACAUCUGCUUUCAUGUAAACAACAUGAAAAUGAAUAAGCAAGAAGAAGAUGAAGAAGUCAAGGGACUCGAAAGCUACUUCAGAUUUCUGAUAAAAAAGAAGAUUAAUGACAUCAUCGAAGACGUUAAUGACAGCAAUGGUCAGAAGUCGAUCGAUGUAAGCAAUCAAAAACCAAACAAGGAGGAAGUGGCUCCCGAAACGUUGAUUCCUGACACACAACCUAAAUCAAUUGAAGAUACCGACGAAUGGUGUUCAAAUUAUAUCGAUACCUCUCUGAUGGACGCACCUUGGGAGCUUGGCAACCAACUGAAAGCUGAAAUUGAUCGUCAAUAUCAUCUACAAGCUCGGGUUAUCACAAAACCACAAAACGAUGCAGUAUUUCAAAAAAUAAUUGGGGAGCUACCCGAUAACAUUAUGAGCAUUUGUUUCAAUAUUCCGGGUAUGAAGUUGAGCGAACGAGACAGUGACAAAGUGAAAAAGGGGCUUGAAGAUUACUUCAGAUUUUUAAUAAAGCAGGAGAUUAGUAGGGUUGCUGAAGCAGAUACACACAAUAACCAGAAAUUUGAACAACAAGAAAAGCUGGAAGCUACUCCCGAGGAAAACCUUGACAACCAACAUAAUCAGAGACAGUUUACAAGUCAAGUUAUUGAAAGUAACGGUGUGAACAAUGAACAUACAAAGAAACCAGAAGGGGCAGCUUUUGUAAUCACUGAGCAAGGCCAGUUCUAUCAACGACCUCAAACCAAACCGGAAGCAGAACAGACUGCAGAUUCCUUGAUAAACGCCCUCAGAAAUUCUCAAAGAAAUCCACAAAAUCAACAGAGAGUUGUGGAAGAUUAUGGUUAUCACAGGAGAUAUGGUUACGGUUCAUAUGGAUCCCAGAAUCAUGUAUAUGAAAGUUACAGACCAUACAGAUCCAGAUAUUCUCAUUAUCCGAAAUAUAAUAACCCUGGAUCAUCAGUAAUUCAUGAAGACCCCAGUUACGAACAACACAGAUCUUACGAAUACCAAAAUCAGUACCCAUCUUAUAACAAACCGUCAGAUUAUGAGUUCAAACCUCUGAAAUAUAACAAUGAAAACUUGGAAUCUGCUUCUUCCAGUCCCCAACAAUAUCGAAACCUUUAUCAUCAGCAUCCAAGCUAUCCCAAACCCCUCAACUAUGGUCGUACAGAAGUAAUUGAACAAAAUUUUGAGACAGUAUCAGAUCUGAAACCAGAAAGAACGUAUCCUGCAACUGUUGAAAAACCUGUAAGACCUGUGUACUCUGAAGUGAAGGGACCCAGUAAGUUCAGAAGCCACAGUUAUCAGCCUAUUUCACCACAACCUCAACCUAUUUCACCACAAUCUCAACCUCAACCAGAUUUACCACAACCUCAACUAUCUUCGCUAUAUGGUCAGCCCUCGCCGGUAGUGGAGCCAGUAAUGGAGCCGGUAGUGGAGCCAGUUGUGAAACAGAAGAUUGUGGAUUCUGUGGAUGAUUCUCAAGUUGUUCGUGAGGAAACAACACCUGCACAAGUCACAGCAAGUACAACUGACGAGAAUUUCCCGUGGUGGAAAAGAUUUGGAAAUAAAGUGAAACAAGGUGCGUCGGACCUGAAGAAAAAAAUUAUUGGAUGAAAACAAAAGGAAAAGACUAAUAUAGGUUUAAUCAUUGUUAAAUUAUUAUUUUUUAAAUAAAACAUUCACUUGUGAUGAA